CCUCCCCAUAUAAUCUUCCCCUUCACUCUCUGCACCAAAAAUCCCCCUUUCUUCACCCAUUCCUUCAAAACCAAUCUUCAAUUUAUGCCAAUUUCACUCCAAACCGAGUAAUCAAUCACAAAUGGUUUCUCUUCAAGAAAGCUCUAAUCCGGGUCGGGUGAACCAGAUCACCCGACCCUAUUACACCCCACCCUAUUCUUCAUCCUCCUCUACACCUUCCAGGUUCCAGAAACACCUCGGCCGGUCCAUGCGGACCGUCCGGUCCAAUCUCCACCAAUCUGAAUACACCAAUAGUUGCUCAUUCGUUGCUAAUAUUGACGAGGAGGCUACACCCUCUGAGAAUCUAACUGAUUCUGUCAUCGACGUUCACUUGCACCAGCUUGCAACCGCUCCAACUAACAAUAUCUCCAAAUCGAGUUUUUCUACCAAUUCUACUGAGGAAUACCUCGGAAUCUCACAAGCUUUAAGUGAGUUUUCCGCCUGUAGCAGUGACAUAUCGGGUGAGUUGCAGCGGCUAGCAUGUCUUCCAGAAGAAGAAUCAAGCGGAAAUCAAACAAAUCUAGAUCAGAAUCAGAAUCAGGAACAGGAGUUUCUCCAACGAGAGAAUUUCUCUACGGAGAUUAUUGAGAGUAUAUCACCAGAGGAUUUACAACCAACGGUGAAGAUCUGUGUUGACAGCUUGAGUUCAACUUCAGUUGUUGUGAAAAGGUCAGCUGCAGGCAAACUACGUUUGCUUGCAAAAAAUCGACCGGAAAACCGAGCGUUGAUCGGUGAAUCCGGUGCGAUUCCCGCUUUGCUACCGCUUCUUCGGUGUGCUGAUCCGUGGACUCAGGAAAACGCGGUUACUGCGUUGUUGAAUCUAUCACUGUUAGAUGAGAACAAACCGUUAAUUGCUGGUGCUGGAGCAGUGAAAUCUUUAAUCUAUGUGUUGAAAACCGGUACGGAGGUAUCGAAGCAGAACGCGGCUUGUGCGCUGCUGAAUCUAGCUAUGAUUGAUGAAAAUAAGGUCUCGAUUGGAGCUUGUGGUGCGAUUCCGCCUUUAGUGUCGCUGUUAAUCAACGGUUCGAAUCGAGGAAAGAAAGACGCGUUAACGACUUUGUAUAAAUUGUGUUCGACGAAGACGAAUAAGAAAAGAGCGGUGACUGCGGGUGUUGUGAAGCCGUUGGUGGAGUUAGUGGUGGCUGCUGGAGAGGCAGGUGAAGAACAGGGAGCGGUAGGAAUGGCGGAAAAGGCGUUGGUGGUUUUGUGUUGCGUUGCGGGUGUUGAUGAAGGGAAAACUGCGAUUGUUGAAGAAGGUGGGAUUCAGGCACUUGUAGAGGUUAUAGAGGAUGGUGCUUCGGUUAAAGCGAAGGAGUUUUCGGUGGUGACAUUGCUACAGUUAUGUGAAGGGGUUAAUGGUGGUAGAAACCGAGGAUUGUUGGUUGGAGAAGGUGUGAUUCCGCCCCUAGUCGCUCUUUCGCAGACUGGAACCGCGAGAGCGAAACAUAAGGCUGAAACACUACUUGGGUAUCUAAGAGAACCAAGGCAAGAAGGAUGUAGCUCAAGUCCAAAGUAAGGUAUUGAUAUAUUGAAUGAUAGUAAUAGUAAGUGUUCUUCUAGAAAGUGUUGACUGUGAAUAGGAAAUUUUAUUUUCUUUUUUUUUUUUUUGGUGGUUUGUACAGAGUGGUGGUUGAGAGUUUCUAUAAGAAAAAAAAAAAGGUUGACUAGUUGUAUAUUUUAAUUAGUGAUAAGAUGAAGCUGACCUUAGGUUUUGGUUUUUUGUUUCAUCUGUGGUAAAAUCAAGAGUUUUUGUAGCUUGUGUUUACCUAUUAUCUUGUUGACUUUAGUGUUAUCUUUUAUGUGAUUUGGUUUUGGUU